AUGCGGGAAAUUACAGUAUUCAUUAAGCAUCGAUUGGAUAUAAUUUUUAUACUAACCAUUUACACAUUCCAUUUCAUACCCAAAUCGUAUCAUAGCAAAAUUAUUCCUGAUUUUAAACAAGAUGUGAGGAAAAUAAGGGCACCUCUCAAGCCCAUCUUUGAUUUGGCAGCCGCUAAUAUAAGUAAACAGAUUAUCUACGUUGAAGAAGGGGAAAAGGUCGAAAUUAGUUGCGCUCCUGAGUUGUAUUCUUUCAAUGAUACAAUCAAAUUAGAAUGGUUUAAAAAUUCUAACCCCUUAGACAAAUCGGAGCCUACUAUUAUGAUUGAGAAAGUGACUAGAAGCAUGAUGGGUACAACUUUCAGAUGCGCAAUGUAUAACCAAUCAAAAUUUCCAUAUAUGUAUAAAGAUAUGAAAAUUCUCGUUGAGUGGGGCCCGAAAGUCCAAAUUAAUCCGCUUGUCAUUGAAACCGAUCGCCAGGGGCAAAUUGAUAUCUCGUGCUAUGCUGACGCUUUUCCUGCGCCUCUCAUAAAAUGGUAUUUUGACCUUUCCCAAACAUCUGCAACAGAUGAAUUAGUUUAUGAAUCGACUGGAUUAUAUUUGAACAUAACCACUAACGAUUUGGAGAAUUGCAGAUUCCACAAUCGGAAUCUAACAUGUUCAGCCAGUAAUACACUAAAAAACUUAGCAAAGCCUGGCAGCCUCCCUGAAAGAACGGAUAAAAGAAUACUAUCCAUUAAUAUACAGGUUCCUUAA